AUGAGCCCCAACUUCUUUUGUGUGAUUCUUUGUCUGCUGGUGGCAGGUCCCGUGGAUGCAGCAGUCACCCAGAAGCCAAGAUACCAUAUUAUACGAGCAGGAAACAAGAUGGUCCUGGAAUGUUCUCAGCAUAUGAAGCAUCUUGGAAUGUUCUGGUAUCGGCAAGAUCCGGGACAGGGGCCAAGGCUGAUCCAUUAUUCAAAUGGCGUCGGCAGCACUGGCGAAGGGGAUGUCACGGAAGGGUACAGUGUCUCCCGAAACAAGAAUGAACAUUUCCCCCUGACCCUGGAGUCGGCCAGCACCAACCAGACCUCCUUGUACCUCUGUGCCAGCAGUGAAUCCACAGCACGGCACGGCCCGUUGGAGGCUGGAGUCACCCAAACUCCGAGACACCUGAUCAAAACAACAGGACAGACAGUGACACUGAGGUGUUCCCCUAUGUCUGGGCACCGCAAUGUAUCUUGGUACCAACAGGCCCUGAGUCAGGGCCCCCAGUUCCUCUUUGAGUUUUAUGAAAAUAUGCAGAGAGCAAAAGGAAACUUCCCGGGUCGAUUCUCAGCACAGCAGUUCCGUGAUGCUCGCUCACAGCUGAACGUGAGCUCCUUGGAGCUGAGGGACUUGGCCCUGUACCUGUGUGCCCUGCUGGGUCACCAGCGUUCUGUGCAAACCUCCCUGCCUUGCCUUGAGCACUGA